CGAUACCUACUCGACAAUCCUCCUUAAGUUUUGUACAUAGAUUAUCCUGAGCUUCAGAGUUUUUUAACUUUUAAACCACUACCGUCUUCCCCCGAACAUAACGCACCCUGCAAAUGAACGUAUACAAGGAAGUGAGAGGUAGGAGCUUAAGCCGCACAGUUUCUUGGCCACAAACUUUUGACGAGAAGGAGAACAAGUAUGGAGUGGUCGGGGAGUCGGUGAACAUCAUAGGAAAAGGAAAAGCACAAGCGAAGACCAAAGCAAAAGGCGUUUUUUUAAGAACAGUUUUUCUCUCGCCUGCGAGAAGACGGGAGAUUGUGGAGGACGACCAGGUGGCCACACGGUCGGCUUCAUUUUUGGGCCAAGGAGCAGGAGUCGUCGGCCCGGAUGCAACGAGGAAGGGUUCUCCCAGAGGUGAGCCUGAUGCUCAGCCUCACAGUCAGAGUCAACAUCAACGCCGAUCUUCGUGUCAUUCCACGCACAAGUUAAAUUCCACUUCUGCCGCAGAUGCAAAGUUCAGUCCAGCUCUCAGGCCUUGGUCCCCGUGCAAAGAGUCCGUAAGGCAAUCGCCGGCUGCACAAUCGUCAGCGGCGCGGAGAUCAGAACCUUGCUCUAAAUCAGAGGUCACAGAGUUCUCUGUAGUGCGGGAAGAAAGAGCAGAUACUGUAGCUGUGGUGAGUGGACGUCGAGAAGGACGAGGAGAGGCGGAACAAGAAGGACCUUGUGGUAUUCCCACAAAUGGCUAUGAGGGUACCGCUCCUGGGACAGCUGCUGCCAGUGGGACGUUAUCCUCGCUGUCGUCGGAUCGAAAAAAUGUUGCCUUUUCAGAUUGUUGCCGCGAAGAGGGGGCAGCCAGGUUUCGACCUGACGGUUUUCAGACAAAGGACAAGAGAAAUUUGCUUGACUUAGAGUUUCACCAAAUGGGGGAUGAUAAUGAAGGGCGGAGAAAGCCUAGUGAAGAUGGUCGUUUACAAAAUGGGGGGACGGUUGUCGAGAAAAGGGAAGCUGAGGUUCGGGAUCCGAUGAGAAAGUACGUCCACAAGAGCUGUCCUUCACUCACCUGCAUCGACCUCGAAGGGCAUGUUGAAUCGAAAGUCGGGCUUGAUCGUCAUGGGAGCAUGGAUGUGGGAGUCGAGAAUGAAACAUUGUUGCCUUCGCUCUCAAGUCACCCGAAGAAGAGGCAAUGUAACGAUAUCGAAAACUUUAAGUCUGAACAGGCUGAGGACUGUACACUGUCAGGGGAUGCAGGAGCCCCUCCCCAUCCUCCUCCUCACAUGUCCUCUAAUCCAACAACUCACUCCCCUGCCCCUGUGUCCUCAUCUCCUACUCCCUCUUCUACUUCUAUUUCCACUGCCAGUUCGGCUGUACAAUCUGACGCAGUCUCCCCACAGCAACUCCAGCAAGACCAUCGGCACUGCCAACAGUGUCCUGCUCAGCCACUUCCUCGUCAUCCGCAAGCGAUUCCUCGCCAUAAUAGUAAUCAUCCUCAAAGCUGUCCGCCUGAAGCGGGCGGAUUCUGUGGUAUACACGACAGGCUCUCCGUUGCUCCUCUUCCGGGUGAUGCUGUUAGCUUAUCGGCUGCCACCGCGCAUGGGUGCUCUCAGACGGCAAAGCUGACGAGGCGCAACUCGUUACCCGCCGAUCAUGGAGCCGAUCGAUUCAUGUCACCGACAACUUCUAGUGCUGCUCGAGCACGCAGUGCGGGAAGGGCGUCAUCCAUGAGUCCCCCUCCCACUGGCAGUAGAACCACCAGGAGAGAGAGUGUUAGAACCUAUUGUACUGGUUCGGAUCUUUGUGCAUCCUCCAGCCCAUCUCCGAGAAGACGAAGGAGUGCAACUGCAAUUGCAUCGGGCCAGAAGAAGCUUGCCGACCCUCGACCAUCUUCAUCUGGAAGGUCCAUAGAUCUCCGUAGAGGAUCCAGCAAAAUCGACGUAGCUGAUCCUGUGGUUGUAAAGCACGCUGAGCCACGUUCGACAUCCUGCUUCUCCAGCCCACCUCCUUGGAGACGAGAUACAGGCAGUAGCAUGCCAUCUGGUGCAGCUUCCGCUGCUCGGUCGUCAUCACCGACGAUGCAUCAGACGCCACGAAGGAGUCCAACUCCCGCAGCUGCUACUGCUCGGUCAUCAUCACCUACGACGAAUCAAACGCCUCGAAGUGGAAACAGAAGCAGCGCCCUCCUGAAACGAAUUCUCCCUACCUGUACUUCCCAGCUCGCCGCUGCUGUCAAUACAAGUCCGGCGAGGCGUGCCCCUCCUACACCUCCUGCCCCUCCUCCUCCUCCUCCUCCUCCUCCUCCUGCUCCUCCUCUUACUCCUCCGUGCCCCUCUUCUACUGCCUAUUCUAAGUUCGAGCCAGGAGCAAAAGCAAGUUCAGGAUCAGGAUCCGCAGCCGAAACAUUCAGUUCGACAAGCGCUGGUGCAGCAGCUAGGCAGCCACGCCUGGCAGCUGCCCCUUCCUCUGUUGCCCACACCACUUCUAGCAGUAGCAGCGCUUCACUUGCUAAGCCAUCUCCAUCUAUUCCAGGUAAUACUCACCAAGCCACACAAUUCUCAUCGAGUGCCUCUCAACGAUCUGCUCGCUCUGAGAAGAUUGGCAGCAAGGCUGCUGAUCCGUCAGGUACGAAGAGCAUCAGCGGCAAAGGCGGCAGGCCAGCUUCUGGGCGCAGCAAGCUGCUGUUUACGGAUAGCACAGGAGCAUCCACCGAUCAAAAAGCCAAACGGAAGCAGAGCCCCUACAAGACGACGCCCACCGAGCAAGACCCCACAGGCAACAGCAAGGUCAAUAAAGGUACAGACAAGGUGGUCCCCACAAGGACAGUGGCAGCACCUCCCUCAAGGGGAGCUGAGCGCUGUGGAAGCCCUAGGCGUGCAAGUCUUAGCUCUCGAUGCGCAUCCCUGUUCUCCGACCAAACCAACGAUCAGCUUAAUGUCAGGUUUCAUCUGGGAGCAAGGGAGUCUUCCACGUCAGCAAAGAUGAAAAGGGAAGUAGAUUUAAGUGUGACGUCAGCAAAAACCACGCCUACGAUGACUAGUGCUGAUGUGAUCAAGGAUGGAACAGUCAGAAGAGUGAUGGGGCCUACAAAAGAACCGUGUGCCAACGAGCAGGAACACGGGAAAGUUGAAGAUCGAACCUUCUCUUCUCCGUGUCCUAUGCCUCCUUUUUGUCCUCCUCCUGCUCCUGCUCUUUCGCAUCCUCCUCCUCCUCCUUCUUCGCCUACUUCUACUUCUACUUCUAUUGCAGGAUCGCUCAUCCGUAAGGUAGGGAACCUGACCAUGUCCUCAACAACAUCCCAAUCAAUGAUGGGAAAGACCAUUGCACCUCGGCCGAUUCCUGGCACAGACGGACAGAGGUCUGUAAUAAGCAAGCCUGUAGCUGAGACAGCUGCCUCGCAUUUGAGGGAAGCAGGCGGAGGAGGAGCAAUGCCAGCAACAGCAGCAAUUGGAGCAGUAGUGGGCAGUGUCGGUUCAAAAGCCGUGGUCCAUGGUUCGACGACGCUGAACUUUGAGAAGUCCGCUCCACCAGGGGCUCAUACGGGAUCCAUGUCAAGUAGACCCCGUCCUUUGCUGCCGUCGAAGGGGAAAGAAAGUGCAUCUGAUGAUAAGGACAAGGAAAAUAUCAAGGACAAGAAGGACAGACGCAAUUUACGGUCGUCGUCAACUCCUACGAUGAGCAACGCUAAUGAUUCAUCUUCGACUGUGAGGAAAACUGGUGUAGUCAACCAUAACAGUGAUCCUCCUGCCGCAGUGAAGAAAGUAGUCGGUGGGAAUGUUUUUGACCGGCUGGCUGCGUCUCCGACGGCGCAAUCCCGCGCACGCGAACGGACUGUCUUUCAUGAGAAGGAGCACACGUCAACCUCAACCGCCGGAAUACCAGCACGGUUGUUUAGUCGAUCUAUCGGUCUGGCUACGGUCUCGGGAGGGGGGGCGACCACCACGACAGGUGAGGUGGCAAAGGCUCACCAUAGCCCAGGGACGGGGAAACCCCAGCAGCAGCAGCGAUUCAGCAGCCCUCCGUCUGUGAGGGUGAAAGGUGAGGCUGGUGGCAUACAGCAAGCGACCGCAGCCGGAAAGUUAGGCUCUGGUGGGAAAUCGGAACAAGCGAGUUUGAAAAAGAGCCGUGAGAGUGGGGCGAAAGACUCAGGUUCCCGAAAAUUCCGGUCUCUCUCGCCGCCUCCAAAGGGUCGCAGACUCAUGCCCUCCAACCCCACCUCUCUUGGCAGCAACGGCGCUGGUCUUUCUGCUACCGCAGGCCGUGGUUGGCUUGCGAAGGACCAUGGUGUCCCUUUAUCUUCUUUUACAUCUGUCUCAUCACGAUCCUCUCGGCCUCACAGUUUGCAUACACCCACCACAUAUUCCUCCUCGAAAGCAGGAGGAGGAGGAGGAGGAGGAGGAGGAGGAGGGGACGUUCCCGGCAGGGGAACAGCCGAGGCAGGGAUGAGCAAGGUGGUCCAUGGUCUACUGGCCGGAGCAGCGGCAGCGGUGGAUGACAGUCUGGGAUCUACAGCCACCGAGGAUCGGUCGAUCUCUACUCCCUCUUCCAGGCCCAGUUCCAGCUCAACUUGCAGUGCUGUCUCAAAGGCAAGGAGUGCCGACAUGGAUGCCGUAGAGAAGAAACAGGGGGCAGAGUGCCCCUCUUUCCUCUUCUCUGGCUCGGGGGUGGGAGGAGGAAGGCUAGCGGUCCCCCAGGGUGGAGGUGCGGCAGGCGUGGACACGCCACCACAGGCGACAGGCAGGAGACGAAACAGCUACGAGAAGGGCAACAAAGCUCCUCCUCCUGCACAGGACGACCAUGGCCAUGUGCUUCCUUCCGAGGCCAGAGCAAGUGCUCAACAAGACGCCAUCUCAAUGGUGCGAGAGAGCUGCACAGAUGAGCAGCAAGCAACACUCGCAAGUGAGAGUAAAGUCAGCAGCCUAGGAGGAGCCGGAGCAGAAGUAACCGGAAGGGACAAUGGGGCUGCGGUGCAAAUAGAACUGGGAGCUUUGGUUGCUGCUCCUGGCAGAUGGCAGGACCGCACUUGUUCUUCAGGAAUCAACGACUCGUUUAAACCCAAGGGUUCGCCUGGUUCGGACCUGGACCCCUUUUUGGUUCCGAUACUUGAUGGUCUUAUUGACGGGUUGAAGGCUGUGAAGUCCACAGAGUCCGAUCCCAUGUCCUGGAUAAGCGGCAGUGUCGAGAUUGCGAUGAACGUUGACGUUGCCACUCUGGAGAAGAUUGCAGAGCCGGUGGGCAGUGGAGGUGGAGACAAGUCGGCGGGCUGCUAUGGACAACAGUCAGGUAAAAAGCUGGGGUCUUCCGAAGAAGAUGUGGCACUGCAUGAGAGAAAGGAGCACACAAGUGGCGAUGCGUGUAACGGAGUCGACGCUGGUUCGCAAACGUCGUCAGGAAGCGCACUUGCUGCUGGCAGAGAAGAGGAUCAUGGCGCUGACGGAAAGAGUCAAAGCAAUAACAGGAAAUCAGAACCUACCGCCUCUGGGACGCAAGAACAGAAUGUGUUGUCGAAAUCCCAAAACACUGAGUUUCAGCGCCCUGUGAUUUCAAUUCCGAGUGGAGCUGCCCAAGAUGAGCUGAGAGGUUGGACUUCUCAUGGCAAGUGGCAAGCCUCGUCAGACAGUUUGUCGCGCACCCUCCAAACGGACGAGCGAAGCCCUGUCUCUACCUUUAAUUUCCCUAGGCUGGCAGAGGAUGGCGACGCUGCUGAAGGCAACACCCCUCACAGCAACGUACCGGAGGCAAUACAGACCGCCGCCGUCUCGCGGUUGGAAGCUCCAAAGGCUCAGGGAAUCUUGUUCGCAGUGGGUCAAAAUGGGAACAUGGCGACAGAUAGCGCGGAAGGCAGGGUACCAAAGGAGGAGAGAGGAGCACACAGUGGCGGGGCAGACAGAGGGCGUCAGCCGGCCGCCGAAGUGAAUCGUCCGGCACUGAAGGAGUUUGAUACAGAGCGAAGAAUGAACAGAGCAAUUAAGUUGAAGAGCAGCUCAUUGUCGCAGAUGCUUUCCAGUCCGGAUAUAGCUGGAUGUGAGAGCUUGCCGGCCGUUGACCCUCCGUCGACAAUCAGCCUGGACGCGGAGUCGGCAGAUGCUAUCUCGUUGAAAAACAGCCAGCUUCUUCUCGACCUGAGUUCGGAGUUUGUUGACGGCCGAGACUGUAGUGGAGGCCCACCCAGUUGUCUCUACGACGACUCUGACGAAGAGUCAUGGAUCGAGAUAUUUCCGCUUGACGGUGGCGGGUCGAUAACCAGGGCAGGUAGGGAGUCGCGCUCCUACAUCUCUUCACCCCCUCGACCUCCUGCUCCGGGUACAACUUCUAAGCCUCCUGGUAGCCCAGAAGGAAAUACGCGGCAGCAUAAUGCUAGGCAGCAGUCCGUCGACUCUCCUCACCGGGCUGAGGCGCCAGCAAUUAGUGGAGUGAUGGAAUUCUUAUCUCAGGCUGAUGGGCUGGAAGAGGAGCUCAUGUAUAUUAGGGACGUUCUGGACGCUUCAGGAUUUGCAUCGGAGGGAGAUGCGUCGGUCGUCAAAUGGUACGGACCAGGUAACCCCCUGAACCCAAUGUUGUUCAAUCGACUGGAAAGAGAGAGAGAGAGAAGGCGAGCUGCUGAGGACAAGCAGCCAGCUUUGGGAAAAUUGGAUAAUCCAAAGCUCAUAGGAGGAGGAGGAGGCGGAGGAAGAGGAGGAAGAGGAAGAGGAGGAGGAGGAGGAGGAGGAGGAGGAGGAAGAGGAGGAGGGGGAGGCGAAGGGGGAGGAGGAGGGGUGGGUGGUACUUUCUUGGCCUCCUCUUCUCCGUCAAGGACUGAAGUCUAUGCUGCUGGCGAGGUCGGGCCAUCGUAUUUGGCCACAAGUAGUCGCCGACUCCUUUUCGAUGCCGUCAACGAGGCGCUGGCCAGAAUUCUGGCUCCCCACUCUGGUCCACCUGUAGGCCCAGGUGCAGGAACAGGUAUGGCUGGUUUCGACAAGCAGAAGCCUUUACUACGUCAGAGACCGACCGGAAAGAACUUGCUCGAAGAGGUCUGGGGGGAAAUGCGAGAUUGGUCCAUGCUUGCUAGAAUAGAGUCCAGCACACUCUAUUCUGUUCUCAAAAGAGAUCUCGCAAAGAGCAAGGAAAGGUGGAUGAAGUUCGAGCCCGAAGCUUUCGAAAUUGGCUGCCACGUUGAGGAGAUGAUACUCGACAAACUUCUCUGGGAGGUGGUCGAGGAUUUUGUCGACGUCGAAAGCAAGCGCCACGAGAAACGCCUUGGAUUCAGUAUGGGGCUAGAUGCCUUCUGAUUCUUUCUACGUCCGGUCAGGUACCCCGCUGUCUGUUCAAAAAGAACUAUUCACACUCCUCAGUCAGGCUCAGUGUACUCGGAGCACUAAGGUCAGGCUUGGAGGCCAGGCCUGGACUCACCGAGGACUUUCCUGGAUGUAUCUACUAACCGCUUUCAAGGUCAGGCGUGGAUGCACCUGGCCGCAAUUACAUAUCCAAAGAUAAGUUGAAAAUGUACUCGUGUGUGUGUAUGCCCUGAGAUGUCCCCAAUCAUGACCAGAUUACGUGAAUGUUCUCUGACCUAUCCAGGGAAAGCGCUCAGCCUCUCAAGCAAUCAAGCUCCCUCAAGCAGCUGAAACACUUGACCAGUCAAUCACUCAAUCAAUCAAUCAAUCAACCAAUC